UCAAAUCAAAAUUGGGUUCUGGGUUUUGUAUCAUCACAAAUUAAAAAUUGGAAUCAGGCAAAGGGAGAGAGUGGAAUCGUCGUGUGCGUAGCUUACCAUGGGGCAACAGACGUUGAUCUACAGCUUCGUGGCGAGGGGGACCGUCAUCUUGGCCGAAUACACAGAAUUCUCGGGCAAUUUCACGUCGAUCGCUUCGCAGUGUUUGCAGAAGUUGCCCGCUUCCAGCACCAGGUUCACUUACAAUUGCGAUGGCCACACCUUCAAUUACCUUGUUGAUAAUGGAUUCAGUAUGUCGAAAUUAGAAUUGAUUAUUUAUUGGGAUGCAGCAUACUGUGUUGUUGCGGUGGAAUCUGCUGGGAGGCAACUCCCCAUUGCGUUUCUGGAACGAGCUAAGGAUGAUUUUAGCAAGAAAUAUGGUGCUAAAGGAGGGAAAGCUUCUUCUGCAGGACCAAAUGCCCUCAAAAGGGAAUUCGGCCCCAAACUUAAGGAACAGAUGAAGUACUGCGUGGAACAUCCCGAAGAGAUCAACAAACUCGCAAAGGUGAAGGCUCAAGUGAACGAAGUCAAGAGUGUGAUGAUGGACAACAUCGAAAAGGUUCUUGAUCGAGGAGAGAAGAUCGAACUUCUUGUUGACAAGUCCGAGAAUCUUCGAUCACAGGCUCAAGAUUUUCGAAAACAAGGGGGCAAAGUUAAGCAAAAGAUGUGGAUCGAGAACAUGAAGAUGAAACUUGUUGUCGCGGGCAUCUUUACUGCCUUGGCACUCAUUGUCUUUUUGUCCGUCUGCCCUCGCUUCAAAUGCUGAUCGCAUUCGGACAUUUAUCCGGUUUGCCUAUCGUAUCUUAGAUUCUUGAUCACACUAAUUUUCUUUAUGGCUCGACUUGCAAGUAGAGAGGGUAGAAAUUAAUUAGUUCAUCCUGAUGUACAUACGCAUCAUAUCGAAUUGAAUUGUAUCAUAUCAUAUACACGUAGUUUUCUAAAUAGCU